AUGGGUCCUAGUUCCAGUCGAAGAUGGGCUUUAAAAGCCCAAGCUGUAAUGUGGCGCAAUCUAAUGGAUAUUGGCAUGCACCUCCAUAUGCUCGCACCCCCUGCUGCACCUUCCCCUUCCUUUUCAAUCAAUAUAUCUUCCAAACUAGCAUCCAAACCAGGAAAAAUUCCUCUCCAUUUUUAUGUUCCAGAAUCCUACAAUUCAGACGAAACCACACAAACUAAACGUGUCUUUCCAAUUGUAAUUAAUUUCCACGGCGGCGGGUUCACUAUCGGACGCGCAACAGAUGAUGCGCGGUGGGCUAGAGCUGUAGUGCACUAUGCUGACGCCGUUGUAGUGUCUGUAGAUUACAGACUCGCACCGGAGCAUCCAUUCCCUAUCGCCAUCGAGGAUGGAGUAGACGCCACACUAUACCUCAUCGAGCAUGCAGAGGAGCUGAAGAUUGAUCCUCAUCGAAUCGCAUACAGCGGUUUUUCUGCUGGAGGUAACAUGUCGUUUAGUGUACCUAUCCGGCUUGCCGAGGAAUAUCGCAUUCGGAAAACCAAGAGGGAUGCUGGCUCAGACACUAGUAGUGCGAUGACACAGGAGGGUACCGUAAUCGCCAUCUCUUCCUGGUACCCAUCCAUCGAUUACACCAACACACGAGACGAGCGUCGAAAAACGAACGUCCGCAGCGACAAAGACCUUCCCAAAUUCUUCACCAACCUUUUCGAUUCCAGCUACCUCUACCCAGUGAACGGCGUCGACCUCAAAUCACCCUGGCUCAGUCCCGGAAUCGCGCCAAACGAGAUGAUCAAGGACCUGCCCGAGAAUAUCGUCUUUUACACCUGCGAAUGGGACGAACUGUGCGCGGAGGCGGAUCGGUUCCACCAUCGUCUCGUGAACGAUUUCGGAAAGAAAGUCGUUUACAAGAAAGUCAUGGGAGUGACACAUGCGUUCGACAAGACGCCCAAUCCGUUGCAUUGGGAUCCGAAGAUCGAGACAAUGUAUAGAGAUGCGUGUCGGGAGCUCAGGACGGUCUUUUAUGGUUCUUCGUCAGACAGCGCUCUUGAGGAGGCGGUUGCGGAAGGUAAAGAGGGCCAACAGGCUACGGUAACCACAAGAAUGGAGGAUAUAAAGUUCCCGUCGUCGCAAGAUAGUUUAGCAACAGUUGGUAGUAGGUAUCAAGAGCCUGUUGCAGGUAGUACAAAUUGA